AUGUUCCACGCAGACUCGACCAUGGCAGAGCUUCUGCUCGAGAAUGGAGCUGAUAUAGAAGCGCAUGAUUACGAGCACAUCACACCACUUCAGCAAGCUGUUAUAAACGGAUUUGUGGAGCCGGCGAGGCUUUUAUUGUCUAUGGGUGCUGAUGUAAAUGCUGCCUAUACUUUUGAAAAACCAGGCUCUCACCGUCGCCAAAAUAGCCCUGCUAUCAGGACACCCUUUAUGCUAGCUUGCGGACUAGUGGAAAAUAGAGAGAUUUGCCUAGAGAUGGUCAAAUUGCUCCUUGACCAUGGAGCGAGUGUUCAUAUCAAUGAUAAAGACAAAGGUCUCGCCGGUAUGCCAGUUUUGCACUACGCCGCGAGCUCGCAUUUUCCGGACAUUCUAGACGCCGUUAUUGAUGCCGGUGCUGAUAUCAUGGCAACAGAUAAUUACGGUCGAACCUCUUUUCAUCAUUGGGUACUUGGUUACAGGCAACAUGGGGUGUUAUGCGACCUGAGAUACGAGGGCGCGUAUUCUACACCUCCAAGCGCAGCAGCCAGCUGUUUGAGAAUUCUAGUUUCAAAAGGCGGCUGUGAACAUAUGAACAAAACCGCAAAGUGGAAGCACGAAUUUCAAAUCAAAUUGCAACACGAAACUGAACCAAGGUAUUCGACCUUCAUUAGCCAGGAGAGAACUUACUCGCCCUUAGCUCUCGCUCUGAUUGAAAACGAUAAGGAAUUGUUUGAUGAGCUGCAUCGACUCGGCGCUGAGUUCGAGACAGAUGCGCCUUUGGUUGUAUGCCUUUCGAAGGCGGUUGAAAUGAUGAGCCCGGACGCCAUUGAAUAUCUCCUUGCGAACGGAGCCACCUUUCCAGUGCCAUGCAUCAACGAAUUUGCGGACCUUGACAAGAUUCUGCUGUAUGGGUGGUCGAGCGACAGGCGAACCCUACUCUGGUGGGCGGUGUUGAAUAGCUCAGUUGGCGCUGUCGAGGUGCUGACUAGACUGGGUGCAGAUCCGUUCAAUGGGGAUGUUGAACAACUGGACUGUUUUUUGAUUGCUUUCGUCGAAGAGAAGUUUGAAAAUCUACGCUUCCUGUUAGAGUUCUCGGAAGCACAUCCUCGUGCGGAUCACUGGACGCAGCAUUUAGAUCACUCCAAGCUGGCGGGGGACUGGGAGAUGCUGGUGGAGGUAUGCCAGGCUUUGAAGAAAAAGGGGACUUUGAGAGACGUUGGAAAAUCUCUACUCUCGAGAGCUUCAAAAUCCGGGCACGCACUUGUCAUAGGGGCACUGCUGCAGGUGGGAGUUGAUACUGAGGCUGGCGACCGGGCCAUGGCUAUCGAUGCUGCCAAUUAUAGCGAUGAAGCUCUGAAUAAGGGACUUCCGGACUUUGGAGUUGACGCCCUGUCACGGCGUCCUCUUCUUGAUUUGGGCAGUGACCAUGUAGUAUCCUGA